ACCAAAAGAAACACAAAAGUUCUCUUCACACUUCAACAAUAAGACUAUACAGCUGAGAAACAGAAGACCAACAUUUGAACAAGAACCUAGUACAAUAUUAUGGAGAAGGAAAACAAGCUAAAAGCAGAGACUUCAUUGGAAAAUCCGAUGUUUUCACAACAGAUUCAAACUAGCUUUUCUUUACCAAACAUCUUUGAUAUGUUGUGUGAAACUGAAAAGGAUUCUUUAGGUUUUUUAGAUAACAUGUUUGGUGCUCAUCUUCUUGAUUUCAAUACUACUAUUCCUUCCAUUUUCGAUUUGCUUCAAACUCCACCACCUCAAUCACUGGCUAUUAUUCCAUCUCCAACUUCCACAUUUCAAGAAUCAUCAGAGUUGGUGAAUAAUCCGACGACCCCCAAUUCGUUGUCUAUUUCUUCAUCAUCAACUGAAGCUGCCGAGGAUGAUCAACAGAGCAAUACAGUAAAGCAACAAGAUGAAGAUGAAGACAAGUAUAAGAAACAGUUAAAACCUAAAAAGACGAACGUCCAAAAGAGGCAAAGAGAGCCAAGAUUUGCAUUCAUGACCAAGAGUGAAAUUGAUCAUUUGGAUGAUGGUUUUAGAUGGAGGAAAUACGGCCAAAAAGCUGUGAAAAGCAGCCCCUUUCCAAGGAGCUAUUAUCGUUGCACAACUAUUUCAUGUGGAGUGAAGAAGAGAGUGGAAAGGUCAGUCAAAGAUACUUCAAUAGUUAUUACAACUUAUGAAGGUACUCACACACAUCCGUGCCGCAUUACGCCGCCGCAGAGCAUUGGUGGCGCUCUGCCACGAACCACCACCUACUACGAUGGCGCCAUUGGUGGUGGUAAUAGUGGAGGCGGAGGAAUUUAUAGCAAUUCCCCUUUGUCUAUCCCACAACUUCAAUAUUAUCAAGAUCAGCAGCAACAACCCCUCCAUUAUUCCCCUACUACAACUUUACCUUUAAAUAACUUCAAUGUUGGUUAUUCAUCCUUAUUUUCAACUAAUUCACUCCAAGAAAGAAGGUACUCGCCCUACCCGUAUUCUUCCUCUUUGGCCGGAGACGACGGACUUCUUCAUGAUAUGGUGUCAUCACAGAUGAGAAGAGAUACUAAAGAAGAUUAGGAAAAGAGAGGGUUUCUUUUUAUAAUUCGCUUGCGCGGUUAAUCAAUUAGAAACUUUUCCAAAUAUUGUACGAGGACUAGUUUAGUUAGAUUAUAGUUAACCUUAAUUAGCAAGUUCAUAUAUAAACGGUGUUAUUCUUUCAUGUUGUAGAAUUCUUUCAUUGUACUUAAAUAGUUUAAUUCAAGGAUUUUGGACGUUCUUUA